CUGUCCAGCAUGCUGCGGCCACCCCCCUCCUCCUCCUCCUCCCGGCCUCACUUCCCUGGGGCUCGGUCUCCUGCGAGGACCCCGGCAGAGUGUCCCCCCUCUCAGCUCUGUCCCCUGUGAACAGACGCAGAGCAGGGCACUGGCAGCAGACAGAGGCACACGGUGGAGGGCAUGCCCCAGAGCCUUGCCCACUGAGCCCCGAACCCAGGACGUGCCGGCCCCGGGGGUCUGCUCGGGGGCGCUCCCUUGGUGCUCAGAACAGGUCAAGAUGAGGCCUCCUCGGCCCCCGCCCCUGCCCCUGCCAGCCCUCUGCCUCCUGCUCUGGGCCCUCCCCCUCACCAGCCCCCAGCAGCAAGCAGCCCCGGACUCGGCUGACAUUGUUUUCCUUGUGGACGGAUCUGGCGGCGACAGCGCCCGCUUCACGGCCGUGCGGGACCUCCUUGCCACCCUGCUGGAGCAGCUGCCCCUGGGCCCCGCGCAGGUCCGCGUGGCGGUGGUGCAGUUCAGUGACGAGCCCCACACGCUGCUGGCGCCUGACGCCCAGGCCGGCAAGACGCAGGUGCUGGCCGCCGUGCGGGGCCUGCGCUUCUCGGGCGGGGAGCCGGCCAACCUGGGCCUGGCGCUGGACUUCGUGGCCCAGGGGCUCCUGGGCGGGGCGGGGAGCAGCCGCGCCGGCCAGGGCGUCCCCCAGGUGCUGGUGCUCCUCAGCGCGGGGCCGGCCAGCGACGAGAUCGGGGACGGGGUGGUGGCUCUGAAGCAGGCCGGGGUGUUCGCCUUUGCCCUGGGCGUGGGGGAGGCGUCCCAGGCCGAGCUGCAGCUGGUGGCCAGCAGUGACCAGCUGGUGUUCCGGGCCCCCGACUUUGACCGUCUGGGGGAGCUGCGGGACCCGCUACUGCCCCUGCUGCUGGGCGUGGUGCGAAGGAACAUUGUCCUGCAGCCGCCCACCAUUGUCACGGAAGUCAUCGAGGUGAACAAGAGGGACGUGCUGUUCCUGGUGGACGGCUCCCCGGCGCUGGACCCCGCCAGCUUCAGUGCGGUCCGCGACUUCAUCGGCCGGGUGGUGCAGCGGCUGGAGGUGGGGCCCGACCUGGUGCAGGUGGCCGUGGCCCAGUUUGCCGAUGCCGUGAAGCCCGAGUUCCACUUCGACAGCCACCCGGGCAAGCGUGAGCUGCUGGCCGCCUUGCGCAAGAUGCGGCCGCUCUCGGGGCCAGCCCGCCGCCUGGGCCCCGCGCUGGACGCCGUGCGUACCCGCCUCUUCUCCCCGGCCGCUGGCCACCGCGCGGCUGAGGGCGUCGCCAAGAUCCUGGUGCUGAUCGUGGGGGCCCGGGGGCCCGUGGAGGACGUGCGGCCACAGGCCCGGGAGCUCAGGGGCAGCGGUGUCCUGGCGAUGGCUGUCGGGGAGCCGGGCACUGAGGCCCAGCUGCGGGAGGUGGCCUUCGACUCCAGCCUGGUCUUCACGCCCUCCGAGUUCCGUGCCGCCCCCCUGCAGGCCCUGCUGCCUGCGCUGCUCUCGCCCCUGCGCACGCUGACCGGGACCCAAGAAGUGACCGCCGGCCCCCGGGACCUGGUCUUCCUGCUGGACGCCACGGUGGGGGACGCCCACUUCCCGCUGCUGCUGGGCCUGGUGUCGGGCCUGGUGGCCGGGCUGCCGGUGGCCGGGGACCUGGUGCGCGUGGGCCUGGUGCAGUUCGCCGAGGCCCCGGUCACCGAGUUCCGGCUGGACGCCCUGCCCAGCCAGGCCGAGGUGCUGGACCGCUUGCGCCAGCUGCGCCCGCGGGCUGGGGGUGCCCGCAACACGGGCCGGGCGCUGGCACACACGUUGGCACACCUCUUCACGCCGGAGGGCGGCAGCCGCAUCCGGCAGGGCGUCCCCCAGCUGCUGCUUCUGCUCUCGGGCGGCCCGUCCCAGGACGCCUUCCUGGAGGCGGCGAACGGCCUGGCCCGUGCGGGCGUGCUUACCUUCUGCGUGGGGACACGGCGGGCCGAGCGGGCGGAGCUGGAGCGCGUGGCCUUUAACCCCGGCCUGGUGUACCUGGCCGACGGCUUCCAGGGCCUGCCCGAGCUCGCCCCCCGGCUGCUGCCGCCUCUCAGCACCUACGUCAGCGCCGGGCUGGACGAGGGUCCCCUUGGGGUUCCAGGGAGCCGGCGGGACGUGGUCUUCCUGCUGGACGGCUCUUCCAACCUGCAGGGCCAGUUCCCGGCCGUGCGCGACUUCCUGUACAAGGUGGUGGAGGGGCUGGACGUGCAGCCCGAGGGCACCCGGGUGGCGGUGGCCCAGUUCAGCGGGGACGUGCGUGUGGAGUCGCGGCUGGACCAGCACACGGGCAAGGAUGAGCUGCUGGCCCUGGUCAAGCGGCUGAAGCUCAAGGGCGGCCGGACUCUGAACCUGGGCGCCGCGCUGGACGUGGCUCAGGGCAGCCUGCUGGCGGCCUCGGCGGGCGGCCGGGCGGCCCAGGGGGCGACGCAGUUCCUGGUGCUGCUGGUGGCCGGCAGGUCCUCGGACCCCGUGGACGAGGCUGCCCAGCGGGUCCAGCAGAGCAGUGUGGUGCCCUUCGUGAUCCAGGCCCGGAGCGCCGACCCUGCUGAGCUGGGCAAGAUCGUGCCGUCUCCCGCCUUCAUCCUGGCCGCCGAGUCCCUGCCCAAGAUUGGGGAGCUGCACCCCCAGAUCCUCAGCCUCCUGACGACCACGGCACCAGGAGAACCUGAGACAGUUUCAGGAGAGAAGGACGUGGUCUUCCUGCUGGACGGCUCUGACAGCGUCCGAGACGGCUUCCCGCUGCUCCUGGACUUUGUGCAGCGGGUGGUGCAGGGCCUGGAUGUGGGCCCGGAGCGCGUGCGGGUGGGCCUGGUGCAGUACAGCGACCGCACGCGGCCCGAGUUCUACCUCAAUUCGCACCUGGACCGCGAGGGAGUCCUGGGCGCCGUGCGUGGCCUCAGCCCCCUGGGCGGCCCGGCCCCCAACACCGGGGCCGCCCUGGACUUCGUGCUGCGCCACGUGCUGGUGGGCUCGGCGGGCGGCCGCGGGGCCGAGGGGGUGCCCCAGCUGCUGGUGGUGCUCACGGCCGACCGCUCCCGGGACGACGUGCGCGGCCCCGCGGCCCAGCUCAAGCGGGGGGGCGCCGUGCCCAUUGGCAUCGGCAUAGGCAAGGCCGACCUGGCCGAGAUGCAGCUCCUGUCCUUCCUGCCCGACUUCGCCGUGGCCGUGCCCGACUUCAGCCAGCUCCGCGCCGUGGAGAGCGGCCUCUCCCAGCGCCUGGUCCUGCUCAGCCGUGAGGAGAUCCAGCGCCUGCGGCUGGCGCUGCCCCCAGUGCCCACUCCCGGCGCCGAUACCGGCGGCAAGAGGGACGUGGUCUUUCUGCUGGACGGCUCCCAGCGUGCGGCCGCCCACUUUCCGCACAUGCUGGCCCUGGUGGAGCGGCUGGUGGGCUCGCUGGACGUGGGCUUCGACGCCACGCGUGUGGCCGUGCUGCAGUUUGGUGAGGACCCGCGGGUGGAGUUCCUGCUCAACGCCCACGGCAGCAGGUCCGACGUGCUGGCCGCCGUCCGGCGUCUGAGGCCGCAGGGAGGCCGGACGGCCAGCCUGGGGGCGGCACUCGACUAUGUUGCCAAGAGCAUCUUCCAGCGGCCGCUGGGCAGCCGGCUCGAGGAAGGUGUGCCGCAGUUCCUGGUGCUGGUGUCCGCCGGGCCCUCGGCCGAUGACGUGGACCUGCCCGCCUCUGAGCUGCGCCGGGCCGGUGUGGCGCCCCUGGCUGUGUCCCUGCCCGCGGGGCGCGAGGAGCUGGCCCGCGUGGCCCUGAGCCCCGAGCACGUGUUCCUGGUCAGCUCCUUCCAGGAGCUGCCGCGGCUGGAGCCCCGGCUGCUGGCGCCUCUCACCACGCUGUCCGCCGAGCAGAUCCGCCACCUUCUGGACACCGCGGAGUAUCCACCGGUGGCAGAGAGCGAGGCGGCCGACAUUGUCUUCCUGAUCGACAGCUCGGACCUGGUGGGCGCCGCGGGCCUGGCCCACAUCCGCGACUUCGCCAUGGCGCUGGUGCGGAAGCUGCACGUGGGCCCCGGCCGGGUGCGCGUGGGCGCCGUGCAGUUCAGCCGGGACCCGCGCCCCGAGUUCUACCUCAAGACCCACAAGUCGCAGGCGGCCGUGCUGGAGGCGCUGAGGCGGCUGCGCUUCCAGGGGGGAGGCCCCGCGCAGGCCGGCCGGGCGCUGGAGUUCGCGGCCCGGAACCUGUUCGUCAAGUCGGCCGGCAGCCGCAUCGAGGACGGCGUCCCCCAGCACCUGCUGCUCUUCCUCGGGGGGCGCUCGCAGGACGGCGUGGCCGGGGCCGCCCAGGUGCUCAGGUCCUCGGGCGUCCGCGGCCUGGCCCUUGGGGACCGGAAUGCCGACGCGGCCCAGCUGCUGGCGGUGGCCGGGGACCCCGGCCUGACGGUGACCGUGCGGGACUUCACCCGCCUGCCCGACGUGGAGGACCGCGUCAUGGCCGUCUUCGCGUCGACGGGGGUCACGCCCGCGCCCCCCGGAGUGGACACGCCGGGCCCGUCCCUCCCAGAGAAGAAGAAGGCUGACAUCGUCUUCCUGCUCGACGGCUCCAUCAACUUCGGCCGUGAGGGCUUCCAGCAGGUGCUGCGCUUCGUGUCCGAGGUUGUGGACACUCUGUACGAGGCCGGCGACUCCAUCCAGGUGGGGCUGGUGCAGUACAACUCGGACCCCACAGACGAGUUCUUCCUGAAGGAGUUCCCCACCAAGGCGCAGGUGCUGGACGCCAUCAGCAAGGUGGUGUACAAGGGCGGCCGGCACGCCGACACGCGGGCGGGCCUGCAGCACCUGCGUCUGCACCACUUUGUGGAGGAGGCGGGCAGCCGGCUGGCACAGAGGGUCCCGCAGGUGGCCUUCGUCAUCGCGGGCGGCCGGUCGGCGCAGGAUGUGCGGGAAGCCAGCCUGGAGCUGACCCGCAAGGGCGUCAAGGUGUUCGCGGUGGGCGUGCGCGGCGUGGACUCGGCCGAGCUGGCGGGCAUCGCCUCCAACAGUGCCACGGCCUUCCGCGUGGCCAGCGUGCAGGAGCUAUCGGACCUCAGCGAGCAGGUGCUUGACACCCUGCACGACGCCAUGCGGGAGGCCCUGUGUCCUGGCAUGGGCGAAGGCGACAAGGUCUGCAAUGUGGACGUGGUGCUGGGCUUCGACGGCUCCAGCGAGCAGAAUGUGUUUGUGAGCCAGAAGGGGCUGGAGGCCAAGGUGCAGCAGGUGCUGGCCCGCCUCAGCCAGCUGCCCCGUCUCAGCUGCAGCGGGACGCAGACGCCCAGCGUGAGGCUGUCGGUGGUGGCCAGCACGCCCGCGGGGCCCGUGGAGGCCUUCGACUUCUCCGACUUCCAGCCCGAGCUCCUGGACAAGUUCCGGAACAUGCGCAGCCAGCACCCCUACGUGCUGACCGCCCAGGCCCUGUACGCCUACCGGGACAAGUUCCGCGGGUCGGCGCCCGGGAGCGUCAAGGUGGUCAUCCACUUUACCGACGGGGCAGACGGAGACCUGCUGGAACUGCAGAAAGCCUCUGAGGUGCUGCGGCAGGAAGGCGUCCACGCCCUCGUGCUGGUGGGGCUGGAGCGGGUGCAGGACCUGGAGCGGCUGAUGCAGCUGGAGUUCGGCCGUGGCUUCACGUACAACCGGCCCCUGAGGCUCAGCCUGCUGGACCUGGACUACGAGCUGGCGGAGCAGCUGGACAAUGUGGCGGAGAAGGCCUGCUGCGGGGUCCCCUGCAAAUGCUCCGGGGAACGUGGGGACCGUGGGCCCGUCGGCAAUAUCGGGCCAAAGGGCGUCCCUGGAGAAGAAGGCUACCCAGGGUACCCCGGAGAGGAGGGCGGGCCAGGCGAGCGAGGGCCCCCUGGUGUGAACGGCACUCAAGGCUUCCAAGGCUGCCCCGGCCAGAGGGGCGUGAAGGGCUCGCGAGGCUUCCCGGGAGAGAAGGGUGAAGUAGGAGAAUUCGGCCUCGAUGGUCUGGAUGGGGAAGAGGGGGACAAAGGCCUCCCAGGAGCCUCGGGAGAGCAGGGCAGCCCUGGUAGACGGGGCGACCAAGGACCAAGAGGUGCCAGAGGAGAACGGGGUGACACCGGGAUCAGGGGCGACCCGGGUGAGUCUGGACGUGACAGCCAGCAGCGGGGACCCAAGGGAGAAACCGGGGACCUCGGCCCCAUGGGUCUCCCCGGGAGAGACGGAGCUUCUGGAAGGCCUGGCGAACUGGGGAAGACCGGUGGUGCUGGUAGAAGGGGACCAGCCGGAGCCAAGGGUAACCCGGGCGGCCCAGGACAGCAGGGCGCAGCUGGAGAGCAGGGGGCCCGAGGGGCACAGGGCCCGCCUGGUCCAGUUGGUCCUCCAGGCCAGAUGGGAGAACAAGGCAUCCCUGGGCCCCGGGGAAGUGGAGGGACAGCAGGUGUUCCUGGAGACCGUGGCAGACCUGGGCCUCUGGGGAGAAAGGGGGACCCCGGAGACCCGGGACCCAAGGGUGGCGUCGGGAGCCACGGUCCUCGAGGGGAGACGGGAGACGACGGACGAGACGGGGUUGGCAGUGAGGGACGCAGAGGCAGGAAGGGCGAACAAGGAUUUCCCGGAUACCCAGGCCCGAAGGGAACCCCCGGAGAGCCGGGCACAGACGGAGGCCGGGGACCCAAAGGUGUCCGAGGACGGAGGGGGAACUCGGGACCCCCCAGGAGCUGAAGGAGAGAUGGGGAGACCCCGGCUACCCAGGACCAGCUGUAAGUGCCCCCCAGUCCCAGCCCAGCCGCCAGGGCGGGGUACCCUGCACAGGACAUCGCCCGCGGCCACACUGAGCCCUUUCU